UUACUUGUUUUGCCUCAUUUUACAGAGUCUGUAUAUGUAAUAAAACUGGGCUGGAGAGUGAUUUAACUUGUGAAUAAACAACAUGGCUGCUCAGACCUUCAUUGCCAUCUCUGAGCUGCAUCCCAACUUCUCUCAUCCUAAAGUGGCAGGUAUCAUCAUUGGGAAAACUGAUGUCAGAAGCUUUCCUGACAGAAAAAAUAUUGGUGUCGACAGAUUCACUUUUAGCUUCACAAUGAGGGACUCACCUGACUUCUUCAUUAAUGUGACGGCCUGGGGAAAUGAUGGGUACAUCAACGGGCUCUCCAACAGCUUCAGCACUGGAGACUGUGUUAUUGUUGAAAAUCCUUUGGUUUCCAACAUAGACCCAGAGAAAGACAGAUUCUCUCCCACAACACCGAGCCUCUAUAGGCUGCUGGUGGCGGAGGCUCAUUCGCAGGUCAGUCUGUGUGCUGACAUGGAAACCAUCGACAGGCUGCUGCCACUGCUCCACCUGCCAGUGAAGGACUCCAGAGAUUUCUACUCUCUGGGAGACAUCGUGGCCAACGGGCAGAGUCUAGAUGGCACGGUGAUAAAUAUUCUGGCCGCAGUGAAAUCGAUCGGAGAGCUGAAGCAGUUCACCACUUCAGACGGACGCAAAGGGCAGAGGCUGGAAGUGAAGCUCUUUGAUGACUCCGUCUCUUCCUUUGCUCUCGUCUGUUGGGACAGAGAAGCCAUUCAGCUCGUGCAAACUUUGAUACCCAAGGAGACGGUGCUCUUCAUAGCUGACGCAAAGAUUAGCUUUGACAGCUUUCGCAACGGCAUGACAGCAACCGUUAACUCGAAGACGAUUAUCACUGUCAACCCCGACACCAGAGAGGCCAGCCUGCUGUUCAGCUACGCUAAAGAAGUAUCUGAGUCUGGAGCUCUGGAUCAAGACGAGAAGCAAGAAGAUGUGCCUGUGGACUCCAUCACUGACGUGUACACAGUGAGCCAGCUGAAGCAGAAAGGUCAGGAGAGUCCUGAGGCUUUCUUUGGAAUCACAUACAGCUUCAUCUCCAAACUGGACAUCGACUCCUCUGUUUCAAAAGUCAUCACGAUGCGGUGCUGCAGGUGCAAGUUGCAGGUGCCUGAGGAUGCACAGAGCUGCAGCAGCCUGAUGUGUCCUGGGAGGGAUCAGCCGUUUUCAGCCACCACAGGCUUCGGCCUGCUGGUUGACUUCACAGACCACACCGGCACCCUGCAUGCCUGCACCCUGAGGAGCCCAGUCGCAGAGAAGACACUCGGCUGUACAACCGAGGAGUUCACCAGUUUGACUGAUGACGAGCGCACUGCACUGAAGUGGAAAUUUCUUCUGGAGAGAUGCAAAAUAUAUGUGAAGAUCCUCCCUUCUACUAAAAUGAGGAGUGGGAUCAAAGGGACGGUCCUGGGCUGCUCAGUGGCGGACCCAGGGGAGGUGAAACAGCACAUGUCUGCCCUGCUGCAGCAGCUCUGAUCUCAACAUACACUGACUGAGCAGGAGAGCACAUUAUGUUAAAGUUUUUGUGAGGAAAUGUUCUGGUUGAAAUAACUAAUUUAUACAUUUGUGUCUAGAUAGACUCUCUGCAUAUUUAUUUAUUUAACUUAUUUAUUUAAAUGUAUUUAUUAAAGAAUGUUCUGUUGCCUUUUUUCAAUAUGUUCAGUGUCAAAUGUAUCAGUGAACCUAUGUUGUUGCAUUAAAGGAUAUUACAUAUAAGAUUAUAA